GCGGGCGGGGGAAGAUGGCGGAGCUCGGUAAGAAGUACUGCGUGUACUGCCUAGCCGAGGUGAGCCCGCUGCGCUUCCGCUGCACCGAGUGCCAGGAUAUUGAGCUCUGCCCGGAGUGCUUUUCGGCCGGCGCUGAGAUCGGCCACCACCGCCGAUACCACGGCUACCAGCUGGUGGACGGCGGGCGCUUCACGCUGUGGGGGCCCGAGGCCGAGGGCGGCUGGACCAGCCGCGAGGAGCAGCUGCUACUGGAUGCCAUCGAGCAGUUCGGCUUCGGAAACUGGGAAGACAUGGCUGCUCACGUUGGCGCUUCCCGGACUCCCCAGGAAGUGAUGGAGCAUUACGUAAGCAUGUACAUCCACGGCAACCUGGGGAAGGCCUGCAUCCCCGACACCAUCCCCAAUCGGGUGACAGACCACACCUGCCCCAGUGGAGGCCCCCUGUCUCCCAGCCUCACUACCCCCUUGCCUCCCCUAGACAUCUCGGUGGCCGAGCAGCAGCAGCUGGGCUACAUGCCGCUGCGCGACGACUAUGAGAUCGAGUAUGACCAGGACGCCGAGACGCUCAUCAGCGGGCUCUCGGUCAACUACGACGACGACGACGUGGAGAUUGAGCUCAAGCGCGCGCACGUGGACAUGUACGUGCGCAAGCUCAGGGAGCGGCAGCGGCGGAAGAACAUCGCGCGCGACUACAACCUGGUGCCGGCCUUUCUGGGGAAGGACAAGAAGGACAAGGAGAAGGCGGCCAGGCGCAAGGUCACCAAGGAGGAGAAGGAGCUGCGGCUGAAGCUCAGGCCGCUCUACCAGUUCAUGUCCUGCAAGGAGUUCGACGACCUGUUCGAGAACAUGCACAAGGAGAAGAUGCUGCGCGCCAAGAUCCGCGAGCUGCAGCGGUACCGGCGCAACGGCAUCACCAAGAUGGAGGAGUCGGCCGAGUACGAGGCGGCGCGGCACAAGCGCGAGAAGCGGAAGGAGAACAAGAGCGCCGCGGGCGCCAAGCGCGGCCGGGAGGACGGCAAGGACGGCGAGUUCGCCGCCAUCGAGAACCUGCCGGGCUUCGAGCUCCUGUCGGACCGCGAGAAGCUGCUCUGCAGCUCUCUCAACCUGAGCCCCGCUCGCUACGUGACUGUGAAGACCAUCAUCAUCAAAGACCACCUCCAGAAACGCCAAGGAAUCCCCUCCAAAAGCCGCCUUCCUGGUUACUUGGACAAGGUCCUCAAGAAAAGGAUUUUAAACUUCCUCACGGAGAGCGGGUGGAUAUCCAGGGAUGCGUCCUGAAGGCGCGCCCUCUGCCGCCGAGGGAGAGGGGUGCCAACGCCGCCUGUGAGCCCAAACGGCUGGGGCUGGGGUGGGGGGGCGAACCGCUUUUUUCCCCGUUGUUGCUCUUUUUUAAGCAAAUUGAGUUCCUUUUCUAGGAUAUAAAGUCUUUUCAUGGUCCUCUGAAAGAAGCAAUAGUAACAAUCCUAUUAUCAGAUCAUGGGGGAAGCAAAUACAUGUAUAUUGUACCUUAGUCCUGAAAGUCAUACUUUAAGAUGACGAUUCGCCUUUAAUGUGUUCAGUUUGGAGAAUACGAUGAGAUUAGAGAAUCCUCUUGUGCGUUUCUUCCCUUUGGUACAUGUUACUGUGCUGUGGGUAAAAGGAGCAACUCCUGGCUGGCCCGCCAGCCACCAGCUGUACCCUGUGGCACGUGGCACUUUAGAUGGCGGCGGGGCAGGUAGGGAGUGAGGCCGAAGAACAGGAUGAGGCAUCCUUGGAACUUCCAGAGGCAGCUGGUGUUGAACACAAACGAGCUUCCCUUUAACUGCUGGCAGUGGCGGAGUUGGAACUUGUAGUGCCCACAGCGCCCCUUGCCGUGCGCGCUCUGGGCAGAGCCCGCCGGCUCACUAUGGGAAGGGCAGUCCCCGGGCGGGCGGGCAGCCGUCAGCGGGAGCACACCGGACCCGCGUGCAUGGCCACAGCUCAGCCAGCCCUCCUGGGGGCUGCUGCUGCUGGCUGCUUUGGGUACUUGCCGUGCAUUUGCGAUGCAAGAGGUCGGGAAGUUCACAGCCAAGCGUUCUAAGUGCUGGCGUUGGCCACCUCCGGGACCUCGAUCACCCUUGCAAGUACCCUUUUUCACGGAAACUCUGACCAAGCUGGCCUGGCUAAGCAUCUUAACUUCCGGUGGCGCCAGGCGCUCUGCGACCAGCCAGGUGAGAUGGGGCAGCUUCUCUGGGUCACUGUCUUAAACCAGACUCAGAUGUGGCUUCUGGCAGCCCUGUUUAGACGUUUUUUUCAGGGGCCCUCUUUCAUGGACUCCAUGGUACCUUCCUUCUGCAACUUGAGUUAGUCAUUUGUCUUCCUGCUGCUCAGGGGUCUCAUGUCCAAGACCCUGCUUUCGAGUCCGCGGAGUGACCGUAGACCCAGCACUCAUUCCACCCCUUGCUGGCCCUGCCUCUCCAGUCCCAUAGCUACCAAGAGACUGGUUACCUCCCAGAAGGUUUGGGCUUGACGUUACAUUAAAGUGAUUUGGAAGAAAAACACCACACUCAUUAAUUCCAAGGAUGACUUAAUUACGGUGCCUUUUCCUUUCUUUUUACAUGCUUUUGUCCCCUAGGGUAAAAUUUUCAGCAUUAAAGAAAACAUUUCAUACAUGUUGUAUGUGGCUUUAGUCGCGAAGUCCAGUGCACGCCGGCCGAGGCGUGCUCCAUUAACUAAGCCCAGGACUUCUCUGACAGUAGAAAAGCGGGAGCGGUGGUAUUACUCAGGGCCACCUCCACUGGCCCCUGCGGGGUAGCUGCCGCGGACAGAGCAGGACUCGUCUCGCACUGAGCAGUGAGGGAGAGGGUGCUCAGGCGUUACAGGUUUAGCCAGUGGUUCCCACCCGGGAUUCCUGGACCGGCAGCAUCAGCCUCCCCUGGGAACCGACUAACAUGCAGACACCCAGGCCCUGCCCAGCCCUCCUGAGUCCAAAACUAGGCGAGGGGCCCAUGGAGCUGUCUGUACAAGGCUUCCAGGUGACCGGGCUAACGGUUGGGAACCACUGGCUUUAGUCAUCAUCAACUUUUCUCCAUCAGAUGCCUAGUUUACUGAGGUUUUAAAUUUAGUCUUCUUUUUAAAUAAAAUGUUACGCUUUCAUUCAGCUUGUGAAGCAAAACAUCCCUGUAAAUGUGUCGCCCAGGCCAAGAGCUGUCAAAUGAAAAACUUUGUGCUCAGGCAGGUUUUUCGAAUGUGUAUCUUUUAGGGGGUAUGAAGAAUUUAUUUAGGCUUGACUGUUUUGAAACACCAUAAUGAAUGUAUAAUUAAUUUAUGUUAAAGUAUUAACACCUUGUUACAAGGGAAAAGUAAGUUUGUGAUGAGUUGCCUCUAUCCCAUCAAUUCCAGCUAUUAUUACUGUCACACUAGUCCUUGUCCCUGCUGUUAGCUCAGAGCCUUUACAUUUCUACGUUUACUUCUCACCGUAAAUUAGUCACCAUAAUCCCACAGAAUUAGGUCUUUUCAGAAUUUAAACUCUUUUGAGUCAAGUUUGGUAACUCAGCUAUUCGAAUACUCUCUGGAUGGCCAACAUUCCAAGAAUGUAUUAAAGCAGAAAUCCGACUACCGUUUUUAUUGCCCUUUUACAUAUUAAACAAGUUGAGAACAAAUAGUGUCAACUGAUUGCUUCUUACUAACUGCUCCUCGAGCUGAUGGCUUUUCAGAGCCAGCUUUCAAAAACAGGCUGGGGGACAGCAUGUGACGUUUUAGCCCCACACGUCUGUCAAACCAGUCUUUCCUCCGAAUGAGUUAGAAUUGCUUUCUGUGAAGCAGGAACUCUUUCAUGUCCCCUGUCCCCCAAGUAGUGACGCACCAGAGAAAGGCACGCCCCAUGGAGCCCGGCUGUGCAGGCCUAAGUAGAGCGUGUUGUGCACACUACUGUAUAUCCAGGCUGCACGUGUGCCAAACCCAGAAACGGGGAUGGUUACCAGGGUACAUUGAACAGCAGGUCCUUGAGGCGUUAUAAUGCUGACGGGGAUGCGUGGGAACCUAACUCUUGUGUCAACUGGCCUGUAGCAACCCCAAUCUCGUUACACGUCGAUUCGCUUGAUGUUGCAGAAUCUGUUGAGGAUGCUAAGUGACGACUUACUAGGUAAUUAAACGCUUUCCUUUUUUA